CCCUCACGGCCUCACCUCCAUCCUCCACUCCGUCGAUGGCCGCCUCUCCUUUACUCCUCAGUGCUCACGCCGUCCACAGUCCACUAGUGGCAUCGGCUCCCACAUAAAAGAUCCACACCACUUGAGCAGAAGGCUGGUAGUGGAAGGGUAGGCUCUUGCUUGAGCUGAGCUCUUGCUGCCUGUGGAUCUCUUUGGGAGUGGUGAACGGAGGAUGGGGCGCGGCAAGAUCGAGAUCAAGAGGAUCGAGAACUCCACCAACAGGCAAGUGACCGUCUCCAAGCGCCGGGCCGGACUGGUCAAGAAGGCCAGGGAGAUCGGCGUGCUCUGCGACGCCGAGGUCGGCGUCGUCAUCUUCUCCAGCGGAGGCAAGCUCCACGACUACUGCUCGCCUAGGACCUCGUUGUCCAGGAUCUUGGAGAAGUACCAGACUAACUCCGGGAAGAUACUGUGGGAUGAGAAGCACAAGAUCCUGAGUGCAGAGAUCGACAGAAUCAAGAAGGAGAACGACAACAUGCAGAUUCAGCUCAGGCAUCUGAAAGGCGAGGACCUGAACUCGCUGCAGCCCAGGGAGCUGAUCGCCAUUGAAGAGGGUCUCCAGAAUGGGCAGACCAACAUGCGCGAGAAGCAGAUGGAUCACUGGAGGAUGCGCAAGAGGAAUGGGAAGAUGCUGGAGGACGAGAACAGGAUGCUGUCUUUUAGGAUGCAUCAACAGGCUGUUGAUCUGAGCGGCGGCAUGAGGGAGCUGGAAAUCGGAUACCAUCAGGUCCAGCAUGACAGGGAAUUCACUUCCCAAAUGCCGUUCACCUUCCGGGUGCAGCCCAACCACCCCAAUCUGCAGGAAGACGAGUAGCUACAGCCUGCUGGAUAGUGUUGUGCAUGCCUCUCUGAACUGAAGCUUCUCACCCACCUGCAGCUUCUAUCCUGCAUUCCAUCGUUCAGCGUUAGCUGUGUAUCUUUCUUUUCAAUGACAGCCUGGAUGAACGAUGUUGUCUGUCAGUUAUUACUACGAUGACUUUGCGUUAAUGGAGACUGAAAUGUGCAAUUAAUGGUAACUUGUAUCC